GUUCUGUUCAUAGGCCAACAUAAGCGUCUUUUCCUUCACUUCGCAACGACCAUCCAUCGAAGAUGAAUCGAAACGGUACGUUCCUCUUCGCCUUCUUUCUCUUCGCCCUGUCCAUCGUCUACGCGGAAUUAGUACCUUGGAGGCAGUGUCCUUAUCCUGAUCCCAAUACUCAAACAAAUUGUACUAUUCAUGAAGUGUACAUAGAGCCUUGCAAAGAAAUCGCAGAGGGGAAGCCAUGUAAAAUAAAAAGAGGAGUUAUUGGAAAUAUGACAUUCCAUUACACGCCUGCCUUCUCUUCGGACAAAGUACAAGGACGAAUAUUUUGGGCAAGUCAAGUAAUGGAUAUUCCAUUUUUGGGAAUGAAUCCUGAUGCUUGUUUGUCAACUUCCUGUCCAAUUGAAGCAGGAUUAAGAAAUACAUAUCACGUGGAAAUACCAAUUUUAAAGAAAUAUCCUGUUCGAACUUAUGAUCUUAAAUGGAAAAUCUGGAACGAUGAAGAGCAAGAAUGUUGUUUUAUGUUCCAAAUUAAAAUAACAAAAUGAUAUUAAAUUA